CUGGGAAACCAUACACAACAGACAAACAGAAGGAUACAAUACAAUAGAACCCAGGUUCUUUUCAUCUACCCAAAGAGCGAAUAUAAGCCACCAUCAUGCAGGCCUUGUUUGGUAAGAAGAAGACGCCGGAACAGAUGCUGAAGCAGAACCAGAGAGCGCUCAACCGUACGAUACGAGAACUAGACAGAGAAAAGACCCGCAUGGAGCAACAAGAGAAGAAAGUCAUUGCUGAAAUCAAGAAGAUGGCCAAACAAGGACAGAUGGAUGCAGUGAAGAUCAUGGCCAAGGACUUGGUUAGAACAAGGAACUUUAUCAAGAGAUUCAUCUUAAUGAAAGCAAACAUUCAAGCUGUCUCGUUAAAAGUACAGACGUUGAGAUCUCAGAAUGCAAUGGCGAAUGCAAUGAAAGGAGUAUCCAAGGCAUUGAAAAACAAUGAACACAAAGGUAAGAUCAGAAUUAAUAGGGUGAUGAAGUUACCUCAGAUCCAGAAGAUAAUGAUGGAGUUUGAGCGUGAGUCUGAGAUCAUGGAUAUGAAGGAAGAGAUGAUGAAUGAUGCAAUCGAUGAUGUCAUGGAAGGAGAUGACGAUGAAGAAGAGAGUGAUGUCAUUGUAUCUCAAGUGCUUGACGAACUUGGUCUUUCAUUGACAGACGAUCUAGUUGGUAUCCCCUCAACUGGAGGAGCGCUUAAUACCAAGAGCAAGGAAACGGGCAAGGUCGCUCAAGCUGAUGGUUUAAGUGAUGCCGAUGCUGAUCUACAAGCAAGGCUGGACAAUCUUAGGAGAGAGUAGACUUUCGAUCCUUCAACCAAAUCUUGUCAUACCCUAGUGUAAAAGACACUGAUGCUGAUCUGCAAGGCUUGAAAACCUUAGGAGAGAAUGGACUUUACAUAACAAGUCUAAAAAACACUCUGGAAAAUGAAAGAGACAUUGCCUUAGCUUAAAAAAGGAGAGAUAUUCCUUAUAGAUUUAGUUCUCUUCAUAACUUGCUGUAUUGAGGAGAGGUUUCGCCUUCUACUUUGUUAAUAUAGCUGCAGAGAGAUUGUGGUUUAUAAUGAUAAUCCUGAUAGAAAUAUACAUAGAGCAUCAUGAGCAUGUAAUAAACAUUUAAAAGUUUUUUUAUGACCUGUUGAUGAAGAAUAUUUUUGAAAAUCAUUCAUGCAACUCGGUAUGAACCUAGCGCUCUGCUAUAAAAAAAGAAAUAUCUUUUCGAUGAGAUCCAACUUGACAUCAGACCUUUCCAAAAUGAGGGGGUGGGAGGGGGCAAGCUGUGGCCUUUGUGGCCAUUUGACUAUGAGGAUCCACCUUUCUUCUGUUUUGUUGGCAAAGGGAGUUUUACUUUGGUACCCAUUUAAUGAAAGGGAUGAGGG